UGCCAGGUGAGAGCUGGACAGGACAGGGAGAGCAGUUGAACUCACAUUGUCCUUGUGCAGUUUGGGACAAGUGACAGAAACCAGGCUUAUUCAUAUCACAAAAAGGUUUGAUACAUAUUUAACAUUGAGGAAACAGGCAAUCAAACGGAUUUGGAGAUGUUUUAUUCUUUCCCUCAAGGGCUUCAUGGGGAGGGAGCUGUUCUGCUUCACUAAACUUCAGCUUUCUUCGACUUUGAUACAAAGGAGGAUCUGUCCGCCCCGCUGCAGAAGUGAGGCGGAAGCUGCUCGUGCGAGAGGAAACAACCUGUUCGAUGUUUUCCCGAUUUGCUUCGACCGUCCGGAUCAAAGCAGGUAGCUGUGUGCCGUCUUAUCGAACUGAAUCAACAAAUCGUAUGAGAACAAGAACUGAAAGUCGACAUUUCUGUUUCAAAGUUAUAUUCGGGUUGUGACACAUUAUAUAUUUAUAGGGGGGGAUUAUUAUUAUUUUCAAGCAGUCUGAGCAGGUUGAUGGUGAUUCAGCAGCAGAAUGAAUGUGACUCAGUGGUUGUGGUAUCAGCUGCCUGACUCAGCCACACAACACAGAGUGUCUCAAUGAACUCAGAAGAACACAAGCCUCCUCUUUAAUAAUAAUGAUGAUAAUAGGACUGUGCUUGUAGCAGUCAAAAGGAGGCGUUAAGUUCCCCGAGCGAGUCGUGGAAGCAGUGAAAUGGACCCAAGCUGAUGCCCAGUGACCCCAGCCUGCCCCCCCCCGCAGAGAUGGCAGCCUGUCCAGAGGUGCUGCCCUCACCUAAAGCCCUGGUUGGGAGCGUUUUACUGCUGGUGCUGAGCAGUAAUCCCUUAUGGGGAAAUUCCACUUCUACGACCGCCAGUCCUACUAACAACACAGGACCAAACAUUGCAGCUAUCGUGGCCCCGACAGUCACCCUGAGUGUUCUGGCCAUAGUUCUGGGCGUUCUUGGCUGGCUGUUCUUUGUGGUGAAGAAGAAAAGACAAACUGAAGGAACCUACAGGCCCAGCGCUGAGGAAAAUUCUGGCCCUCGCAGCGUUACCGCACCAGACGCCUUACAGCUGCCAAAGGAGGAGAGACUCAUUUGAGAUUUGUGCAAAAUACCAAAAUGGACAAAAAGUUGCAAACACUCGGUGUUGCUAAGUGACAUAGGUUCAAGCUGAUAAACUGAGGAGGAACUUCAGGUUUAAGAGAGGACGGGGAGUGAGUUUUUAAACUCCACAGCAUGAUGCAUAAACCCACUGCUUCCUUUUUAAACCAGAACUGAAUAGUUUCUGCUUGGCACACAGCAGAGGAGCGCUUGAUGAUCUUAUGGAGGGAAUCAAGAACAAUUAAACACUUCAAUCAACUCUGAAUGUCAAAUAAGCACAUUUGAUACUGCAGUAUUUCAUAGGCAUUACUAAUUGUAGCUAUUAUAUGUUUUUUUUUUUUGGGGGG